AUGGCGACCGACGAAAGGACCAUGCCUUUCAUAAAGCACCUCGCAUCUAGCGACCGAAAAACACGCACAUCUGCCCUCGAUACUCUGCGCACAUUUCUCUCCGCUCCUACUACUGCCCGUAAACUAACUGACCUUGACUACUUAAAAUUAUGCAAGGGCCUCUUCUACAGCGUCUGGAUGUGCGAUCGACCCAUUCCUCAGCAAAAUCUUUGUGCCGACUUAGCAGAUCUCGUAUCUAUUCUGCCUACUCCAUUGGAUGAUGAAUGUGCUGCAGUCAUCCCUUUCCUCCGCGCCUUUUGGGCCACGCUCUCUCGAGAAUGGACCUCUAUUGAUGUUUUGCGCAUGGAGAAAUAUCUGCUAUUGGUGCGACGUGUGUUUGGCUCUAGUCUGGCCUGGGCUACCAAUAAGAAGAAGGGAAGCAAUGGGAAGAGAUGGGAUAAUUCGCGCGUGGAUGGUAUGCUCAAGCUGCUGCAGGAGUGGCCGUUGGAGAAAACUGGCGAUUUGUCCAAAGUCCCUGUCGGUUUGCGACUACAUGUGCUGGAUAUUUGGGUUGACGAGGCAGAGAAAGUUGAGCUUUUGGCUGAGUUAGAAGACGAGAAGACCUUUGAGGACUCGGUAGUGCUCUUGGACGGGUUACGGCGAAUUGUGGAGGUCCAGGCCAGAUCCACCUGCAAACCUGUACGGGCAAGAGCCAAGGAGUCGCUAUCCGACGAAAGGUUGCCGUGGAAUGCUGCUGGUUCGUCAGACGAAGACAUAACAAAUGAGGAACGUGACGCCCAGGAUGGCUGGGGUGGAUUUGAUGAUUGA